AUGAAAACAGAACUUCUUUGUGUAUCGGAAUCGCCGAAAGGCUUUGUCGUCACCUCUGGAACUGUUUUCAAACAAAUUGUUAUUUGGAGUUCAUUUCAGACCAAAAUUGAAGAUCCAUUUGAAACCAAAUUACAUCAAAGACUCGAAGGACACGACGGCGUGAUCUUUGCCCUCAACUAUAACCCAACACUCAAUCUAUUUGUAUCGGCUUCUGAUGACAGAAGUGUCCGCAUCUGGUCUUCAUUGUUGUCGUCUAACGAUAACACAAAUCCAAUUGAUUUCUGGGAGAAAAAUAAAUUUUCUAUAAAUCAUGUAUUUUACGGACAUUUAUCACGAAUUUGGAGAGUUGUGUCCGUUUGUGAUCCCUUUCCUCUAGUGAUUAGUGUCGGCGAAGACUCUUGUGUUUACUUUUGGAGUAUUGACGACAAGAAACUGAUCCAAAGAGUGGACGGACACAGGAAUGCAAGCGUUUGGAGUUUGGCUUUUGAUUCGCAAUCGAUGAUUAGUUUUAGCGGCGGAAGUGAUUCGUCUAUCACUCGCUGUGAUGUGAAGAAUAUAAUAACGCCAUUCAAUAAACAGAUUAGACAUGAUUUGCAACCAAAACAACUCAAAUUCAUUGGCACCGAAAGUCUCGCAAUAUUUUGCGCCACAAUUGGCGGCGAUUUCCUGAUUAUGGAUUCAAAUAUGUGUUCAUUAAGUGAUCUAAAAAUCACUGAUUAUAAUAAAGUCUUUCAGACGUAUUCGGCAAGUGAUGUCAACGAAGAUCGAAAUCAUGUAGUGUUGGGAUCAAAUAGGCAUCGUUGGCCAGUGGCUGGGCUUUUAUACUAUGAUCUGCUAGUAGUGGGCGACCGAUGCGGUAGUGUUUUUGUAUAUUUAACUGACACCGAAGAACCGAUUAAAGACUUCCGUCAUUUGCACGGAUCUAAUGGAGUGACAGCUUUAAAGAUGAGACCGAAAACUAAUUAUAUGUAUUCGUGCGGAAGAAAUGGCAAAAUGUUUGAAUUUGUUUUGGAGGACAAGAAUUGCACUCUUUUGAGGAUUUAUCGGAUAUUUGCGGACAUGGAAUGGAUCGGCAAUUUCUGUUUCGAUCCAAACAGUGGCCAAAUAUCUUAUAUUUAUGGCUUUGAUUCAAGAAAUUUUGUGGUUUGGGAUGAAAGGGAACAGAGGUUUAUAGAGAGCAUAGACUGCGGUGGGGGUCACCGGUCGUGGGAUUUUGUCGUCCAUAGAAAUCAGUUCUGGUUUUGUUAUACAAAACAAGAAAAGAUGAUUUGUUUUGAUAAACCGAUGCCUAAAAUGAGUACUAAUUAUGAUUUAAUGAUUACCAAAACGUCUCACUGCAAGAAAAUCAAUUGCUGUUCACUUUUGUUCACCAGAUCUUUGCUGUACUUCGUGACCGCCGGUGAAGAGAAUACAAAUUCAGUGACUAUUGAAUUGUAUCUCUUCGGACACAUAUCUAACAUCUCUGCCAUCACUUGUUGCCAAAAUAAUUCCGAUUCUUGUUAUAUGGUGUCUGUGGGCGGAAGGACUCAACUCAUGCUCUGGUCAAUAGAUAUGAGAGAUAAUCAAUUUUCUGAUUGUAUAAGCAAUCGGACUAAACAUAUGAAGACUGUGUCGCCAUUGGAUCCGCAAAUACGGUAUUUGGACGCAAAUAUGUGCCAAAUAUCUGAAAACCGAUAUCUGAUAUCUACUGCCUGUUCUGAUUCAGCGUUUCGUUUAUAUACCUCAUUUAACACGAGUUGUGUUUUAAGAGUAUAUAAUGCUUUUGAAUCGCAUAUAAUUACCGCUUCAAACGACGGCACACUUAAAAUCUGGUCUCUUAUCGAAGGAUUUUUAGAUCAAUUACUUUUGGAUGACUCGGAAGACAAACAAAUUGAAUUGAAUUCAGUUUUUGAAACGCGUUGUCAUUCCGCGGGAAUCAAUGCGUUGGAUAUCUUUCGUGACAAAAACGAGUGGCAAUUAAUUGUUUGCGGAGAAGGCUUUGAGGCACUGAGAUAUUCAAUCAAUUCAGCUCUCGAUUCAUAUUAA